UUAUUGAUAUCGUGCUUUUAGGUACCUACAAUAGGUAGGUGUAUCUUUACUACUACCUAGGCAUGCUGCCUCCCGCGGCCUUGCAGUAAUUAUCUAAUUCUAGGUACGGUUUAUUAUUUGCCUGCAGUAUGUAGCAAUCUCCACAUCCAAUGUGCAAGUACGAUAGCUACCUUACCUACCUACCAGGCCCCUCCUCAGGUAGAUAUGUCAUUCCGAGCCUAGGCUUUCAUCAUAUACGGCACUCAGGGACUUGGUAUGGUAACCCAAGGUUUCAUUUCUCUAAUUCGGAUCUCUGCCUUUAGCCAUGAUAUCGGUAGCAUCAUGUCAUUGGCCGCGCAGGUCUCUAUAUGCUACGUCGAAUGUGAGAUUCCGAUGGGGUGGGCGCGUUACCUGGAUGCUCUCAAUUUCAAGGGUUGCUUUUUGGGGAUCUGUAUCUACCUACCCGCCAAGAGUAACUAUCUAUAUAUUCACAUGGUUUCCCGGGAACGUUGAUGUCGGCUACCAUUAGGUCCUCAGCUAUAUGUCUUCCAGUUCUUAAGAUACUCUUCGGUUAUGUAACUUUUAGGUUACCGUUUCCCUAGUUCAAUUUCUAUAUCUCCAAGAUGCUCGUCGGUAGGAUUAGCGUCGUGCUGGGCUGUAUCGUCUCGCUCGUAGGCGCGUCGCCAACAUGCCCCCUCGACGGACCUGUUUUCCCCAAGCCUCGCCUGCUUUCCCAGAGCGACGCUAUUAAGGCCGCAGUGGCGAACCUGACCAGCACAUUCGCCAAUAUCACAGCGGGAGCCCAGAACUACUCCUUAUCUGUGCAGGUCUUCUCGGCGGACGAGGAAGAGCCCCUAUUCUCCGUGUCGCACACGGCACCUAACCUCCCGCCGAACACCACCGGAGUGAGGAGGGUCGACGAGAACACGGUUUUCCGGCUCGGGAGCUUGACGAAGAUAUUCACGAUAUACGCCUUUCUGAUCAAUGCUGGCGAGAAGUACUGGCACGAGCCUGUCACGAAUUACAUACCGGAACUUCAAGCAGUCGCCAAUCAGUCGGACCCGGUGAGUGACAUAGAUUGGAAUGAUAUCACCCUCGGAGGUCUGGCUACGCAGAUGACAGGCAUCCCGCGUGAAUAUGCGCUAUUGGGAGAACUGACCCAGUCGAGCGAGACGAGGGACAAUGUGGUGCAGUACGGGUUUCCGCCUCUGGCCCAGGAUCAAAAACCUCCGUGCGGAGCAUACCCAACCUGUGAUCGAGCGCAAUUCUUCGCCGGAAUCAUUUCAUUCUACCCCUCCCUAGCCCCCUACGAGACGCCGGCAUAUUCCAACGUAGCGUUCCAACUCCUCGGCUAUGCCCUCGAAACCAUCACCGGCAAGUCUUUCACAUCCUUGGUGCAAGACUCGAUCAUCAAUCCCCUGGGGUUAAACAACACGUCUCUCCGGGCCCCGCGGGCCUCACGUGGCAUCAUUCCCGGGAACCAGACGGCGACGGGGUGGUCUUUUGACAUUGGAGAGUCUGUGGCCGCCGGCAACAUGUACUCCUCAGCAUCCGACAUAUCGAACCUCGGCCGCGCCAUCCUCAGCAACAAGCUGCUCUCCCCCGUCGUCACUCGGCGGUGGCUGAAGCCCUUCGCCUUCUCCUCGGACCCGCUCGCCAUGGUCGGCAUGCCCUGGGGCGCGCGGCGGAUAAAGCUCGAAGACACGUAUCGAUACACGACUGCCUACAACAAGGCCGGGAACAUCGGCGACUACAGCUCGCUCUUGGCAAUCAUGCCCGACUUCAACGUUGGGAUCUCGAUCCUGGUCGCGGGGGAACUGCCGCCGAAUGUGGGCUUUGGUCUCGCUGACAUCAUCGGCGAGCCCCUCCUCCCCGCCCUCGAAGCCGCCGCCCGCGCAGAGGCCGGGUCCCUGUACAGCGGGCACUACUCCUUCCACGACUCCUCCAUAAACUCCUCCAUGACGAUCACCACUGACGACCUGCCGGGGAUGAGCAUAUCGCAGUGGUUCAGCAACGGCACCGACUUCCGGUGGAUAUCGACGGUGCUGCAGAACCAGUACACGCCCGUGACCCCGCGCAUCCGGCUGUACCCCACCGGGCUCGAGGGCCCGGGCACCGACGGCGUGGGAAAGCGGGUCGCGUUCAAGGCGAUGUUCGAGGACGCGGACAGCCCGAGGCGCGACGGCAGGAUGUUCUCGACCGAGUGUGGCUCGUGGGUCUCGAUCGAGUCGGUCAUAUAUGGGUCUGCGGCCAUGGACGAGCUGAUCUUCAACCUGGAUGCGGAGGGGAAGGUGCUUAGUGUCACGUCGCCGUCGCUGAGGAUUACGUUGGAUAAGGAAUAAGACCGUUUUUUUUGGUCUGGUUUAUACGUGUAUUAAUUACUAUUACAGACUUAUAUCUACUUAGCUUCUAUAUAUAUAUAUAUA